GUCCGACGCCCGCAGCGACGGCACGACUCCGCAGAGACCCGGAAGGUCCGCGUUGAGCAGUUGAAAUCUAUCUCACUAGAGACAUUGAAGGGCAUGGCGGAACAGGCAGAACAGGAAGCUAGACGCGCACUUCGGAUUGACAUGAGUGACAGCAGGAAGCAGCGCGGAACGCGUCCCAUGCAGGCUGACAAGCGCAGCGGCGCUCUCCACAAGAUCACCGAGCCACCACCACGACGCGAAACUGAUACGGGCACAACGACGCUGUGCAGCCCGAAGGACAUGCUAAACCACAAGACCAGUACAUCCACCCAGAUCUGGAAAUGCGACGCAACGCCGCGCGGCGAGCACAAGGAGCACCUCAUCGCUCUCCGCGCCAAGGCCGCCGAGGAGGAAGAGCGCGACCCAUGGGCGCUCGACGACCUCGACAGGUGCACGAAGGCGCUGGUCGACCUCUUCAACGAGCGCGAGCGGCACCUUGCACGGCCGCGGCAGCUCCUCGCGUCCAUCGCCACGAGCAUCCCGAAGCCCGCCAAAGGGG